UGCCUGAAAGCAAACUAAAGGCAACUUUUGUCUCCAGCGAGUUCGCAAAAUGAGGAACCUUUCAGUGUGUCUGGUCCUAGUUUUCCUCGCAGCGAGCAGCCACGGAAGGGUUGUACGCAGGGAUUCCGAGCUCAUCAACAAGGACACCCAGGAAACCAAGGUCCAGGUUGUCCUGCAGGUCGCCGACCCCGCGGACGAUGAUAUCGAAGUUACCACGGAUGAAGACACACAAAUAAUACUGCCAUCAAGGGGCGCCAGAGUUCUCAGCUUCACACCCGCAAACCAAGUGGCUGAAUAUGUGAAGAGCUUAAUUCCGACAGGCGAGAAAAUCCGCCCGGUUACCAGAACUAUUAUGGGCGCCGUCCAAGGCCAUCAACAUUGUUGGCAAAAAAUGAUCUGCCAAACUGGAAGGAUGCUCUCUGGCUUCAAACAAGCACCCGACUUUUUGGACAUGGUCGACAAGUAUGGCCCAAAUGCAGUGAAAGAAGUGGUUGAAAUCAUGAGAAGCUCUGCUGUCCAGGGAGAUGAUUGCUCUGCUCUCAUCUGCGAUGCUUAAUUUGAAAAUAGCUUGUGUGUUUUACAAAAAUG